AUGUUCCAGCAGUACCCACAAAGACAACUCUUUAUAAGGGGAAUAAGGCCGAUAUAUUCUCAUUAUUCUUCUCAAUUGACAACGAGUCGAAAUAAUCACAUAAUAUUGUCCCGAUCCUUGACAACGUCAACUGAUGAUUCCACCCUGUAUCUGAAUCCUGCUAAAUGGAUAAAUUUACCACCAAAACGGAUCUUACAAUUAUAUAAAGAACGUGUCGGGCGCCUGGCACAUAAUUAUAAGCCAUGUAAAGAAGAAUUGAACGCAUUAUUAACCACUUCAGAAUUCACAGAGACACCUAAAAGGGAAAUAGAGCGCAUAUAUCAUGAGACCAACCUCCCGGAAUCGAAAAAGGAUACCACAGCAUCAUCAUUAACCAAAUCUGAUUGGAAAUAUGCAUUUAGACCCUAUGCGUUUGAUGAACUACCAUCAGCAUCACUUGAUCUAGUGGAACAAUAUCGUGAACAAAGAUUUUAUAAUAGAUUGACUGCUUUCGAAUUACCAUUAUUAGUUAAAUAUAGACAACCGUAUAAAAGACCUGACCUUACUAAGAAUCCAAUUAUUUAUAAAUAUACUUCAUACAUUGGUGAAGAAAAUCAUCCACAUUCAAGGAAAGUUGUAUUAAGUUGUAAAUGUAAGGAGUUGCCAUUGAAUGAGAAGCAAUUACAUAAAUUCAAAUUGUUGGCAAAGACAAGGUAUGAUCAUAUUACAGAUAUUUUCAAAAUGUCUACAGAUAGAUUUUCCGAGGCAACACAAAAUUCUAGAUAUUUACAUGAUAUCUUUCAAAGAUUAUUGAAUGAAUCAAAAGAUUUAUCAAAGGAUGAUUUUAGUGAUGUUCCUUUGGAUACGAGACAUACUAUUGCGAAGAAUUUAAGGAAGAAGAGAAGACAUGCUUAUAAGUUUCCUAAAGAAUGGGAACGUCCGCAAGAUGCUCCUCCUAAAAUGAUACCAUUAAUGAAAGAAUUACAAAAGGAGUUAAAUGGACAGCAAAGCGAAAGGAACGAUUAA